UUGCAGGUGAAGGAAAUAGAAGGAAAAGGCCGAGGAGUUGUUGCUGCCAGGUCGUUCUACAGAGGUGAAUUCAUAGUCGAAUAUGCUGGAGACCUAAUCGAAAUUUUAAUUGCUAGAGAGCGGGAAUCCAAAUAUAACCUCUCGUCUGCCUUUGGCUGCUACAUGUAUUAUUUUAAGCACAACAACAAAAAUUAUUGCAUCGAUGCAACAGCAGAAACAGGUCGAUUAGGAAGAUUAGUAAAUCACAGUCGGAUGAAACCAAACUGUAAAACAAAAGUAGUCAUGGUUAAAAAUGUUCCUCGACUUAUCUUGGUUGCAACUAAAACAAUAAAAGAGGGCGACGAAAUCUUGUACGACUAUGGAGAUCGUAGUAAAGAAUCCAUUUUGGCACACCCAUGGCUGGCUUUAUGA